UGGGUGGUGGUGGGAGGAGAAAGUUCAAAUUUAGGAGGAUGCGACUCCUUACAUACGGCACAGGGUUGAAUACUGGAGCUUCUAACAUUCAACCAGUGGGCGCACGUGAUGGAAAAUUGGGGCAGAAACGUGCGACUUGGGUGCAGGGUGCAUGGUAAGCAUACGGGGGCGUCCACUCUGGAAUCUCACUCAUCAAAAAGAAAUAAAAGAGAUGGAUGAGCGAUUGAAUAAGGUAACAAAGUCCAGAAAAGCCAAAUGAAAUCUAAUUUGAAGUCCGUCUACCAACCAUCGACGGCAGAGCGGAAGUUGAGAGAGGCCAUCCGUAACCUUAGAGCCGAUCUCAGCCUCAAACUAAGCUCCGGUGGUGCUUAGAUUAAGGAGGAUUAGGGUUCGUAUUGGUUCGCUGUUAGUAGUUCCGGUCGAAGUGGAUGGGCCAAUCAGCUUCUACUUCUGCGAUAUCAUCAGGAUCUAGUCGCCGAGGCAGCAAUCACCCUCAUCGAUCCCGGAGUAAAUCAAUGGUGCAGAUCCCUUCGAUGCAGGUCGAAGAAAACGUUCAGUUUCGGCAGAUCGAUGAAGACUUGGACUACAUCUCCGAUCUGCCCGACGAAUGCUUGGCUUGCAUUUUCCAGUCGCUUGGAUCUGGUGAUCGCAAACAGUGCUCACUCGUCUGUCGGCGAUGGCUCCGGAUUGAGGGUCAGACCCGUCAUCGACUUUCUCUCAAUGCACACUCCGAUCUACUUACCGUCGUUCCUUCUCUAUUCUCUAGGUUUGACGCGGUGACGAAACUCGCUCUCAAAUGUGAUCGGAGAUCUGUUAGCAUUGGCGACGAUGCCCUUAUACUCAUUUCUCUCGGGUGCAGGAAUCUGACUCGUCUCAAACUCCGCGCUUGCCGUGAAUUGACCGAUGCCGGCAUGGGGGUUUUUGCGAAGAAUUGCAAAGGGUUGAAAAAGCUUUCAUGUGGAUCUUGUACCUUUGGAGCCAAGGGCAUGAGCGCAGUCCUAGAUAAUUGCUCUGCUCUCGAAGAGUUAUCCGUGAAGCGCCUCCGAGGAAUCUCCGAUGGAUCGGCUGUGGACCAGAUUGGGCCCGGUGUAGCUGCAUCAUCUCUCAAAACAAUAUGCUUGAAGGAGCAGUAUAAUGGACAGUGUUUCUGGCCGCUUAUUAUCGGCGCCAAGAAUCUACGGACACUAAAACUCUUCAGGUGUUCUGGGGAUUGCGACAACCUUCUCCAGCUUGUUGCUAAUCGAACUACUAGUAUGGUUGAAAUCCAUCUGGAAAGGCUUCAAGUUAGUGAUCUCGGCCUAGUAGCUAUAUCGCAUUUUUUGGAUCUUGAGAUCUUACACCUUGUGAAGACUUCCGAGUGCACGAAUGCAGGACUUGUGUCAGUAGCUGAACGAUGUAAACUUCUGAGGAAGCUUCACAUUGAUGGAUGGAAGGCAAACAGGAUAGGCGAUGAAGGUCUAAGUGCGGUUGCAAAAUGUUGCCCCAAUCUUCAGGAACUUGUUCUUAUUGGUGUCAAUCCCACAAAGUUGAGUUUGGAGAUGCUGGCUGCAAAUUGCCAGAAUCUGGAGCGGUUGGCAUUGUGUGCGAGUGAUACUGUUGGUGAUGCCGAGAUUUCUUGUAUUGCUGCAAAAUGCUUAGCAUUGAAGAAGCUAUGUAUCAAGAGCUGCCCUGUUUCGGAUCAGGGUAUGAGAGCACUUGCAUGCGGAUGCCCUAAUUUGGUGAAGGUGAAGGUUAAGAAGUGCAGGGCAGUGACUUAUGAGGGUGCGGAUGGAUUGAGGGCAAGUAGGGAAUCACUGGCUGUCAAUUUAGACACGGGUGAAACUGAGCAUCAAGAUGCAAGUGCUAGUGAUGGUGGGGCACAGGAAAAUGCAGUUGAAUUGCCUCCCUUGGCCAGUCAAAAUGGAGCUGCUAAUAUUGCUUCGAGCAGUUCUGGUCGAUCAAACUCUCUUAAGGCAAGGUUAGGGCUUCUAACGGGAAGGAAUUUAGUGGCCUCAACUUUGAGAAGGUGGACAAGCAGUAACAGCAGUUCCCGGGGUAAUCAGAGAAGUAACUGAACAGAACUUGGGAAAUGAAAAACACUGUUGAUCUAGUUACAUUAUUUUUUAUUGUAUUUUCUGCUCCUGUCUUUUGUGUAUCUAUCCUUGUGUGUUUUAUUGCCUGAAAUGAACAUCUAGUGUCUGGGGUUGGAUUUUAUCAGUUCCACCCUUUUUCCCCUCUUUGGUUUAUCUCAUAUACUUACUGGAACUGUUGCUUUUUUCGUUGGUAACUUACUCUGUUGACACUGUCUUGUGACAAUUGGAAGAGCAGUAGGAGAAAAUAUGUGGAAUAGAUCAGUAUAUUGUCAGAUAUUAAUUAAUAACUGGCUAGGAUGAUAUGUAAGAUAAUUUUCAAUUUUCUUCCCUUUCCUUGGUUACUUCAAUUUGAAGGAAACAUGAUAUAAUCCAUAACUAGCUCUCAUGUUAGUUGUGGCGAUAAACAACUCUUUGCUUUUGAAUAGUUAUUAGCUCAUCCUCUGUGGAUUCUUGCACUUUUUUUGGUGGCAGUAGUAACAUAUGUUGAGAGAACAUGUAUUGAUUCCUUAUAUGUUUUCUAUCAUUUUAGCUAAGUAACCAUAUGAAGCUCACACAUAUUGCAAAUGAUGGUUAUUUCUUUUGUGCUCUUUGGGUGUAUACAGCUUAGAAAGUCAGUUGACAUCUUUCACUGUGAGUAACUUGGCUUUUUUAUGAACAUGCUGGAUGAGCUAUCUGGUUCCAUUGUCAAACCUGCUAACUAUUGCAGUUUGAUAUGCUCCUUUGUUAGUAGUGUGUGUAUAUAUAGAUUACAUGGUAUAACUAUCAAUACACCAUCUGGUCUAUCCAGUUUUAUAUUUGGAUAUGCUUGUAUAUCUCUUGGUUGGCAGGGUCCAAAGGCAACACACACCCUGACCCACUAAAGGUGAUGUCAUGUAACUAUUUGCAUGAUGAGCCUGGUGGGCCAUUAUUCUGUGGUCUCACAUAUGGUGGUUCAGGUAUGGGUAACAAGAUUCAGGAGCUGAAUGGCAAACAUUUGUACAUGCAAGUGGGUGCAGGAAUGAAGGGUGGUUUUUGUGCUGCGUUGGUUAGCAUUUCCUACUAACUUGCAAAGGUUGCUUAAAAGUUCCAAGGAUCAAAUUUUGGCAGGCGGCUUCAAAGUUUAGUCCCGGUAAUGGGUAAUGGCCUAGGAGUGAGUAAUCAGCUCCAAAUUAGACUGUCUUUUGAGUCCUUGUAGAAAAUUGUUCACAUCCCCAUUGUUUAUUCAAUUCAUACCCACCAUUGUCUA